CAGUGUGGUGAUUGUUUUCUCCAUGCAGUUUAUUAAUUAGCUGUUUAAUUAGGAUUCGCUUGACUACGUCCGUAAUUAGUGACAGUUAAGAGAGUGCAAUAUUUGUCAAAAUGCCAAGUGCUUGUGUGACUGGAGGCAACGGGUUCUUGGCGUCCGCUCUCAUCAGGCAGCUGCUGGAGAAAGGCUACGCUGUGAACGCCACCGUCAGAGAUCCAGGAAAUGAGCAGAAGGCCGGCCAGCUGAAGCAGAUGCAGAGUCUGGGGACGUUGACCAUUUUCCGGGCGAAUCUCGAGGAGGAAGGAAGCUUCGACGAGGCAUUCAACGGCUGUGAUUACGUCUUCCUCGUCGCAGCUCCGGUCAAAAUAAUGUCGGAGAAUCCUGAGGAGGAGUUGAUAAAACCAGCCAUCAAAGGAAUGUUGAACAUGUUUAAAUCAUGUGUCAAGACUAAGGCAACGCUGAAGCGAGUCAUUUUGACAUCAUCCGCCGCGGCAGUCUCCAUCAACCAGCUCGAAGGAGUUAAUCUAGUCAUGGACGAAGAAGCAUGGUCCGAUCUUACAUUUCUCACCACUACGAAACCUCGAACUUGGGGAUAUGCCGUGUCCAAGGUGCUCGCUGAGAAAGAGGCCAUAAAGUACGCGGAAGAAAACGAACUGAGCCUAGUGAGAGUGAUCCCGUCCCUCAUCGUGGGACCUGCCGUGGGUUCGGUGUUGGCUAACAGUACACAACUCAGUCUGUGCUUGUUAUCGGGAAACGAAGGUAUGAUUCGCGGGUUCCGGCAGAUGCAGUGCCUCUCUGGCUCGAUCUCAAUGGUCCACGUGGAAGACUUGUGCAGGGCCCACAUCUUCGUGGCGGAGGAAAAAGUAGCCGCCGGCAGGUACAUCUGUUCCGCCGUCAACACCAGUCUGCCGGAGCUCGCAUGCUUCCUCCGUAUGCGGUACCCGCAGCACCGUCUGACUACAGACUGCUCGGACUUGCCCGAAAAGUCGAAGGUGAUAUUGUCGUCUGAAAAGCUCAUCAAAGCCGGUUUUGAGUUCAAAUACAGUAAGCUCGAGGACAUUUAUGACGAAACAAUUCGCUCCGCGGAAGCCGUGGGGUUCCUCACUCCAACUGCGAAUGGAUCUACACACGUUCAAAAUGGUGAAUAAGAUCUUAAUUAAAACAAUAAAAAUUAGGUUAAAUGAAUAAUGCGUGUGUUGUUAUGAAUGAUUUGUGUCGAGUCUAUCGACUGAGUUGUAUUACCUUUCAUCUUUAUUAUGCAAGUAUUCGCUCUGAUAUUUUCUUA